CCAAUUUCUUGUCCACACCCUUUAUCUCUCUACAGUGUAUACAAUAUUUUUUCCUAUGUGACCGUUUUGAAAAAAGUUAGAGAGAGAAACAGAGAACAACUGAAGAAAAAAAACAACCAAACAACAACAACAACAACAGUCUUAUUCUUAUCCCAUGAUGCCAUUGUUUGCAGAAUCUCAAUCAAGGAAAUUUGUCUACUUGAGAGAACUUUGAAACUUUUCCCCCAUUUGGGUACCCCCAAAGUUGCUUAGUUUUUCUAGAUCCAUCACCUUUUCUGGGCUAUCAAUUGCAUACAAGGAAGAAUAGUAGAAUACAGUACAUCAUCAUCAUCAAAUACAGGUUGUCUCGAUUUUCGGAAAAAUACGAUUUUGAUCCAAACCCAUUUUCCCUUUACUCACCUUUACAUGUAUUCUCCAUUGCCCAUCUUCAAUCACGUGGUUUUGGUCCCUUAAUUUGAGAAUUAGGGUUUUGUUCUGUUCUGUUGCUCUGUCUUGGUUACAGGGGAUUGAGAUUGAAAAGUUAGGAUCCGAGGGGGUUUUGGCAUUCUUUUUCUCCUUGAAUUGCUUUUGAUAAGGUAGCUUUUGAGAAUGGAAUUUAUGCUUGUUACGGUUCCCGUUUUGAAACUCAACUCAACACAGUGAGGUUGUAAUUGUAAAGGUAGAGCGUUGGCUUUAGCAUGCAACUUGGCUCUGGUAAAAAGAGGGAGCGUUUAAGAAAGAGAAGAGAAGUAGCACACCAAUAGAAUAAACAAACAAUCAAUCACAAGGACAACAAGAUCAUGCAAGAUAUGAAGCAGCAGCAGAAGCAGAAGCAGUUGGCCAGUGAAGAAUCUAAGAAGAAGGAGCGUCACAUUGUGACGUGGACUCAAGAGGAGGAUGAUAUACUCAGAGAGCAGAUUGGUCUCCAUGGGACUGACAAUUGGGCAAUAAUUGCUUCUAAAUUCAAGGACAAAACGACAAGACAGUGCAGAAGAAGAUGGUACACUUACUUGAAUUCUGACUUCAAGAAAGGAGGAUGGUCUCCAGAGGAAGAUAUGCUCUUAUGUGAGGCUCAAAAAAUAUUUGGUAAUAGGUGGACAGAAAUAGCUAAGGUGGUUUCAGGCAGAACGGAUAAUGCUGUGAAAAACCGUUUCUCCACAUUGUGCAAAAAGAGAGCAAAGUAUGAAGCCUUAGCAAAAGAAAACAGCACAUCAUACAUCAAUUCAAAUAACAAGAGGGUUAUUUUCCAACAAGAGCAUAAGACAGACACAGCAUCAGAAUCUGCAGUACUUAAGAAGAUGAGGAGGUCCCAUAUCCCUGAUGGCGCAGAAAAGAUCAACUUUGCAGACAGAUCACAUAAACAAAAUGGAACUCCUAUGAAUCAGCAGUCAAGAGCACCAUUUGCUGUUUUACCUCAAAACUCUCAUAAUGUCAACAAGUUGCAAGACCAGGAUCACGUCUGCAAUGUGAAGUUUGGUGGUGAUGCCCAAAACAACAAGAUCGAAGGAACAUAUCUUAAAAAGGAUGAUCCAAAGAUAAGUGCAUUGAUGCAGCAAGCAGAGCUACUAAGUUCACUGGCUCUAAAAGUUGAUGUAGAGAACAUGGACCAAAGUCUUGAAAAUGCAUGGAAGGUCCUUCAAGAGUUUCUGAACCGAACUAAAGAAUCAGAUAUUCCCGGAUAUAAGCUUCCAGAUUUACAGCUUGCAGAUCUGAAAGAUUUAUUGGAUGACUUAAAGAGUUGUAGUGAUGAAAUCCAGACAAGUUGGAGGCAUAUGGAGCUAUAUGAAGACUCUCCAAGCAGUUCUGAACACAGUACAGGAUCAACUCUCGUGCCCCAUUCUGCUGGUGAGAAUUUGGAACACUCACUGCAUCAAAGUAUUGGAACUGAACUGACGGCUAUACAAAUUGGAGAUCAAAAAGGAGGAGGAUGUGAUCAAGUGGUUCUUUCUGGUGCAACUUUGGAUCAAGACAUGCUCCCAUCUUGUGAGGAACAAAUAAACAAUAAUGGUGUUGUUUCCGCCUUAUCAAGUACAGACUUCAGUUCUCCUCUUCAAGUUACCCCUCUGUUCAGAUCCUUAGCUGCAGGAGUUCCUAGCCCACAAUUUUCAGAAAGUGAAAGGAACUUCCUUAUGAAAACACUCGGAAUGGAGUCUUCAUCUCUCAAUCCAAGUGCCAAGCCUUCACAACCGCCGCCCUGCAAAAGAGCCCUCCUACAGAGCUUAUAAUCUGAGUAUCUAAUUCAUCUGAUAUAUUUUUUAGUCCUUUUCCCCCUACCUUGGAAAUCUGGCCUGUUAGUUCUUCUCUUCCUGGUUUGAGAAAGAUUGCAAUUUUGUUCGGCCUAAAAUUUUGAUGGCCACCCCUCCCCUAGAAUGUUAUGGCACAUUCUAAGGACCUUCUGCAUAUCUAACUGUCCUUUUCCUCCCCUGUCGUUUCCUUUCCUAAUACUUGCACCAAAAAUUAGCGUGCUUAGUGUGUCAUUCUUUGGUUUGCUUCUUUGAUAUCGUUCUGGGUUUGUUUUUCUCCGAUCCAGCUUGGUUUGCUUUUUGUACAGAGCAUGCUGUGUGAUGCUAGUCAUCCUAGUCAUCCUGAUUCCUGAGUGUAUGUAAUACAUCGGCAAUUCGCCUAUCCUACUACAUAUAAUGAACAGAGACAUAGAUAGAAGAAAAAAAGGAGAAAAAAGAGAGGUUAAACAUAUUAACCAGUGGCAAAUUGGAUUUUUAUUUGUUGUUGUUUUGGGUGUGCAUAGGUUAUAGAAUAAAUAUUAUUUUUCCUUUGUUUGGUACUGGUGUACUGAAACAUAUCUAUAAUUGGAGUGGAAAUGCAUUUUGGCUUUGGUGUGCA